AUGAUGCUUUGGCUGGUCAACCUCUGCUCUAGCUCGCAGUUGCUGCGUUGCCGAGUCCCUGGCCGCCGUGCCCUGUGCGCUUUCCUCCGCUCGCCGGGCUGUACGUUGCUAGGAUCGGAAGCACCGCCUUCAUUUGGACAGCAACAGCGUGCACAAAAGCUUUGUUGCUGCUGUUGGAGGCUUCUCGACGAAAUAUCUAACAAAGGGUUGAAGCUCCAGUGCAUCGCCGUCGUUUUGCUAUGUCCGGCGUCGUGUUUUUUUUUGCCGGUCAUUGGUUUCCUAUUCAUCACAACGCCGUCGUCCCCGCGUCGCGCCCGGAAUUUCGCCGCGCGUCCUGUUUCCUGCUCGCCAACGUGCCCUCUCGGCUCGCUCGGCUUUAAUUCCCAAUCGCGUCGUCGAUUCCGCCGGUCGUUCGUUGUCGCGUCGCGGGUGCAGCUCUAUAUACGUCACCCUCCUGUGUCGUCGUCGUUCCGCGCGUCAGCAAGAAAUCACAAGGAUCGGGUGAAGACGAAGCUAGCAGCGCGAUAUUCCCCAAGCGCUCAACCAAUUGCCUUGAUCGGAAAAUCGCUACCGAUCUCGCGUAUUCGUGUCAUCUGUGGAAGCGAGCCCCUCUCCCCUGCACUUAGAGAUAUUUUCCCUUCCCACCCUAGCCGCCAGCCACUCUUCUUCGUGGCGUCUUCCUCCUCACGCCAGCAUCCCUCCUCUGUUUCUGGACACAGCAGGGAGCAGCCGCUCACCUCCACUGCUCCCUCCGGUGUUGUUCAUCAGGCAGGCUUCCCUACCUUCCUCCCUCUCCCGGCCCCUUCUAGCGCCUCCCUCAAGUCCGGCCAUGGUGGCUGCCAGUUCAACAUCGCUGCUCCUCUCAGACGCCGGAGCUCUAGGGCCGUGCCUUCUCCAUGGCCGGCCAGCAACGUCGAUGGCCGAGCUCCCCUACGCUUCCCUCUCCCAUGGCGUGGUUGUCCCCAUGGAGAAGCUCAAGCCCUCACCAGCUCAGCCCCCGUCGAACUCCACUGUUGUGCCUUCUGGUCUCCAGGUCGACGCCCUCUGCUCUUUCUCCCCCACGCCGUCCAGCUCCAGGCCGAGAUCCAUUUCGCCCUGUUCCUGCUUGCCCAGAGUUUCUUUGCCCUAAGUCAUCUUCUUCCCCUGCUCGGCCCUCCCUAUGCAGCGCCCCCACAAUGCUCCACGGCGCUCGACCUCAACCACCAAUGCCGGGCCCGACCAUCGCCCUUGGCCAGGCCGACAAAGCCCUAUUACCCUCGACCCCGCCAUGGCUGGGUGCAGCGGCCGAGCUCCCUCCCCUUUGGCUGGAUCCUCAUCGGCCAUUUCCCUCAGGCUGCACGCUAUGGCCUCCCCGUGGUCAGGGUCUGCAGCAGGAAGUCGUGUGCUACCUAUUUGAUGAUAUGCGCAGCAACCACACUUCGCAGCUCCUUGCAACAGCAAGCAAUGCCUGUAACAUGCCUUCGACGCGUGUUUUGUGUCUAGAGAAAUGCCUGGGUGACGCUCUAUGCCACAUGGAGAGCAGCGUCAAAUCAGCGCAGCUCUCGACGUAUCAUCACCUCCGUGUUUGGACAAUGCCCCCCACACGCCAUGUGGUCGGCUGGUCGCCAUCUCUCGCACCAUCCAUCAUGGCGCGUCGUCACCAUGACCCUUUUCCACACGAUGCCUCACUCUUCACCCAAUGACAAAAUGCACUCAUAAUUAUGUGUGUGGGUAUGAAAGUGUGUGGAUCGGAGAUUUCAUGAGAGAAGAAUGUAUGUGAAAAAGGUGGCAUGGAUGCGUAGAAAAUUGGAGAACAGUCGAGUCAUGUUGUUUGAUAUUAUGUGCGGGAUUAGAAAUGCCGGUUUAGGCAAAGGUGGUAUAUAUUGUUGGACGUAUGGGUGCCAAAGUACACUAUAGUGUUUUUGUUAUGACGA